CCGCCCCCUCCCCAUCCAAGCGGCAGCAGCAGCAGCAAAGGCAGCAGCAGCAGCGAGCCCCAUCCUCAUCAUCACCAUCCCGCCGCCGCCGCCGCGCCCCCCCACCCCCCUCUCUCCCCAGCCUUUGUUAGCCAUGCCUAGCCUGGUAGUGUCAGGGAUAAUGGAAAGGAACGGGGGCUUCGGGGAUCUGGGCUGCUUCCCAGGGAGCAGCAAGGACAGGGCGCUGCUGGAGGAUGACCGGGCGCUGCAGCUGGCCCUGGACCAGCUCUGCCUACUGGGCUUGGGGGAGCCUUCGGCCGCCGCCGCGCCCUCCGCCUCGGCCCUGGGGGUCGGUGGCGGGUCGGUGGAGGACGGCAGCAGCAACCAGCCGGUGCAGCCCCCGGCGCCGCCCCCGCCGCAGCAGCAGCCCCAGCCGCCUCAAGCGCCCCUGCCACAGCCGCCGCCGCCUCCUCCUCCUCCUCCGCCGCCAGCUUCAGCAGCGCAGCAGCAGCAGCCCCCGUCGCAGGCGGCUCCCAAAGGCUCCUCGGCGGCGGCGGUGGCCGUGAUCCCACCUCCGCCGCCGCCGCCACCCGCGCCCCCGACCGGCGCCGCCGCCGCCGAGGCCGGCAAGCUCUGCGUCCUGUACAAAGAAGCCGAGCUGCGCCUCAAGAGCAGCUCCAACACCACCGAGUGCGUCCCGGUGCCCAGCUCCGAGCACGUGGCCGAGAUCGUGGGCAGGCAAGGUUGCAAAAUCAAAGCUCUGAGGGCAAAGACUAACACCUACAUCAAGACUCCAGUACGUGGGGAAGAGCCUGUCUUCAUGGUGACUGGGCGGAGGGAGGACGUCGCCAUGGCAAGGAGGGAAAUUAUUUCUGCAGCCGAGCACUUCUCCAUGAUCCGUGCUUCUCGUAACAAGGCUGGCACCACCUUCGGCAGUGCUCCAACCUUGCCGGGGCAAGUCACCAUCCGAGUCCGGGUCCCAUACCGCGUGGUAGGCUUAGUGGUGGGGCCUAAAGGAGCUACCAUCAAGCGGAUCCAACAGCAGACCAACACCUACAUCAUCACACCCAGCCGGGACCGGGACCCUGUCUUCGAAAUCACGGGAGCCCCAGGCAAUGUGGAGCGGGCCCGAGAGGAGAUUGAAACUCAUAUAGCCGUCCGGACAGGCAAGAUCCUAGAAUACAACAACGAGAAUGACUUCCUGUCCAGCAGUCCUGACUCAGGCAUGGAGAACCGAUACUCAGAGGCCUGGCGGGUUCACACUCCAGCCCCUGGAUGCAAGCCUCUCUCCACUUUCCGUCAGAACAGCCUCGGGUGCAUUGGCGACUGCUCUGUGGACCCUGCCUAUGAGACACCCCGGCUGAAUGACCAAAACGAUUUCAAUUACAGUUACCUCUUCCCCAACUAUGGUGUCAACAAACAAGAUCUGUAUUACGGCGUGCCAGAGUCUGGUGCUCCUUUGUGGGCUGGGCAGGAGAACACCAACCCUGUCUCGGUCCUCUUCUCCAAGCAGCAGCGAUCUAGCAAUACGGGCACCAUCCAUCCCAACUCGCACCGCUCCCCAUCCUCAUCUAUACAAGAGCCUACCCUCUCUGGGCUUCCUAGAAGGUCUCAGGGGGAGCCUUUGCAAGGGUUUUCCAAACUGGGUGCUUCUGCUGCCACCCGGACGUCCAUCUCCAGCAGCCGGGAGUGCAUGGUGUGCUUUGAGAGUGAGGUGACAGCAGCUCUGGUCCCCUGUGGCCACAACCUCUUCUGCAUGGAGUGUGCCGUGCGGAUCUGUGAGCGGACUGACCCAGAAUGCCCCGUGUGCCAUGCAGCAGCCACUCAGGCCAUUAGAAUAUUUUCUUAAGAGAGAGAAAGAGAGAGAGAGAGAGAUUGAGAGAGGGGGAAAAAGACAACAUAGGGGGAACUGGAGUGGGUGACAGGACGGGAGGGAGGGGACAGCAGAGAGCGAGAGAAAAAUACAGAUAUGAAAUAAUUUGAAGAAUGAACGAAUUAGGGGGAAAAACAAAAUGAAAUUAAUUUAAAGGAGAAGAAAGAAAUUAUUUUAGGAGCAAUGUAGGGUUAUUUUUAAAGAAAAUAAUAAAGAUGAUGAUAAAAUUAAAAUGGAGAAGCCAGGAAUAUUUGGGAAGGUAAUCACUACACUAUAAAGCCUUGUAGUGUCAUUUUUAAAUCGAGAAACUCUUUAACACACACGCAAGUGAUUCUCAAGCAACGUGGGAGGUACGAUGUGGUGGCAUUUUGGGGCAGGGCCUGUGGUUUCUGCCGGCAGCAGAGAGAAGUCAUUACUGGACAGGUCAGGGGUCGUCUUCUCAUCCCGCAAACCCAGCCUUGGUCUUGGUCUGAACGUGGUAUGAAGUUGCUGGGCCCUUCAACCUGCCUGGUGGAUGAAAAGCUCAGAAAGAAGUAAAUCAGGAAGGGAAACAAGAAAGAAUAAUGAGAGAAACCAUCAGCCUCUGGGAACCUGAUCAAACGAGGGCACAACUGUAUUACCUCAAAACACUUAAAAAGAAAAAGAAGCAGCUAAAGAUCUUUAUAUUCUUUUUCCUCUAUUUUUUUCCUAAGAAAAAAAAUUAAAAUGAAAAAUAAUAUUAGAGCCAGUGAAAUGGGGAAAUGGGGGUGUUAGAAGAGCCCCAAGAUAAAAUCCUCCUGGCCACCGUUUUAUUUUUCCAUUCUGAAUCUUCUGAGCCACCACAAAACUCUUUUGAACUUUGAUUUUUCUUUUUCCUAUUCGAGCAGGGAUUCAUCUAAUAAGAAUCAGGAGUCACUAACAGGGUAUUUUCCAAAAACAAACCCCCCACACCACAAAUCAACGCUUCCGUAUUCCCACUCAAGGGGGAUUUGGUGAGGGUUGACAUUCAGGUUUCUGCAUUUCGCUCCCCGCACUUGCCAAGCGAUGCAAUUUCAAACAUUCAUUCAAAAAGACAAGCCUUGUUUUUUCCUUCCUUUGUUUCUCUUCAUUUCAACAACGACAAUUUCGCACCAAAACCUAAGAAAGAUGAUCAUGCAAUACUGGCAGCGAAGCCCACUUAAAACAAACCCACAACCCGACAGAAAGCAAAAAAUAUAUAUAUACGAAUUAACAUGUUUAUAUAUAAUUUUGUCGUCUUUUUAAAAUGGACCAAAACUUUUGUUACACAAAAUCAAAUAAAGAGAUAAAAUAAGAGUAUAUCCUUAUGGACCAAAACCUCUUUUUGCUGUCCUCAUCUGGAUCUUCCUGAGGUUGCCCUAGUUUUAUAUAUUAUAUUUUUUUCACAAUGAAGCAAACAGACACAUGCUCAAAAAAAAAAGAAAGAAAAAAUAAUAUUGAAUUGCCUUGUUAAACAUCCUUAAUCAUUUCAAGACAUUAGACUCCUGCUUUUGUUACAUAGGAUACUUUAUCAAACUGUUGGGAAUUGGAGAGACAAGCGCUCAAACUCGCUUCCCUGCCAAUUUCAAUGCCCCCAGCAACGUAAUGUAGUCAGGUUUUUUCAAGUUGCUACAUGGAUGCCAAAUUGCCAAGAUUCAGAGGGGUGGAUUAAAAAUAACAGAGUUAUAUGCAUUAAGUGUGUGUGUGUGUAUGUAUGUAUGUAUGUACACACACACACAUACACACACGGUAUAUGCUCUCCUUCCCAUUCCCGCUUUUACAUAUGCUUACACUUCUUGGACUCUUAUUUAGAAGGAAACGUUGGAAACAAGAAACUUUGCAGCUUCUUAUAGAUGGUUCUAGAAGAUGAGAGCUUCUCAAUUUUUAUCCUUGUAUGAUACGUUGCAGGAAACAUGACUUUCGUCAUCACAUAACAUGCUUCCUGAUGGAAGCCAUCUCCUCUUUUUCUUCCCCCCAAAUACUGUCCUAUUGAUUUGUCCUACAUGGCCCUCAAGUCAUCCACUGACAGGGCUGGGUGUGCUCUUGUGCUAAACAGAAUCCCUUCAGAUUCCACCCCAGAUUUUGCAAAAAUUAUUUGACACAGCUGUUAGCCUUGGGGAUCACAGGGCUAUCUAUGCGCAACACCAAAGCUUCAUCCCUUGGCCAGAGGAGGUUGGGCUGUGGCUACCUAUACUCCCUCCCAUGUUGUCCCAUUGGGAAGCCUCCUUGGGUCCUAAUUUCUCAUGAUGCCAAAUUCCACCCCUUAUACUUUAUCCCUACUUUCAGAGAGUACACACAGCCCUGCAGCUCUACCAUUUUUUUAUUUCGGCAAAAACCCAAACUGCAUUCUGCUGAAUGUAACAAGUGACUAUGAUCCAUGUCUGAAGGGAGGGAGCUGGGGGUGAAGGUGUUGCUUUAAAUGAUGACAAAAUGUGUAUUGUCCUGGAAUUGGAAGAAGAAGGGGUUAAGAUGAAGGGCGAUCACCUCCUAGGUUCUUAACAUUCAAAAGACAAUGCUCUGCUAAAGGGGACACUGUCAGUUUUACUUGGGACUUUCCCACCUACCCUUGAAGCUGAAGUGGCUUCAUUCUGCAUUGCAGUUUUGUGCAGGCACCUGGGUGUUUUACAAAAAACAAAAACCACCCUAAUCAAAAUUAUUUGCAUUUUUUUUUUACAUUCAGGUGAGCUUGGCAACAUGAAUUGCCUGCUCUCCUUUCAAAUUCCAAUACAUAACUGCCUCUAAAUGGUGCUGGGUUGAUGGCAGUUCCACAACUUGAACUGGAUUCGGUCAACCACCGUGGAAAAUUAGAACUUAAGCAUGCCAAAUCCGUUCAUGACAAACCUGGGUGAUUUUUUCUCUAUGAUAGCAAAUGUGGAUGGUUACAAGUGGAUGAGAUGGAGCUGAUUCAGGUGGCCUUCGGCCUCUCAGUUUCCAAAUCUGGCAAAAGUGUCCUUGUCAGCCUUGGCCAACCACCCAGUACCUCCAGAUGGCAAAGGCUGGCCUUGCCAUCAAGAUUCAUCUGGAGUUGCCUUCAAAGCAGCUUGAUCUCCACACCACGUGGGAAGUGAAGUGUGCGGCUUGCCCUCUUCCGUCCUUGGCACAUCCCUUGGCAUGCCAGCAAAACAACUUUCUAUGCAUUCCUUUUGAAAGCCUGCAAAGGCUUUUGAAAUACUUGGUAACUGGCCUCACCAGCUUUCCAACCCCCUUCUUCUUAAAAACAAGUCCCUUCAUGGACACCACAAAUUCUGACAGUUUCCCCUUUUCUUUAAAAAAUAGUAAUGAAAAGUUCUGGUGCCUGUUUUGUCAAAUAGGACUGUAUGACUCCUGGUAUGAGAAAUGGGGAAAGGAAAUGGGGGCUGGGGGGGAGGAGGGGGGGAGAGAAAAAUACAUUUUUCUUUUUUUGGAGAAAGAAAGAAAGAAUGCAAAAGGAAACGAACGGAUACUGACGUGAUUCCAUUUGUUCCUGGUGUGGGAGGGGGCUGCCUGGCCGUCUCCCACUCAUGUAGAUAAAAGGGGAUAGGGGGAGGAGGAGGAGGAUGAGCAAGAGGGUGUCCCAGACUUUGUGGCAAAGGAAUAAAGGGUGGGGUCAGAAGGAUGGCCCCCCCGUCUGAUGGUGCUCCCUCUGACAACGUUGCGCCCCAUUAGGGGCUGGAUAUAUUCUUUGGAUUUAGUUGUUCUUGGCGGAGUGAAGUCUGUUUCGUAGUUAAUGUGAGAAAGUUUUCGGUCAAUGUUUUUUUUUUAUUCUUUUAAUGCCAGGCAAUGGAGAAAGGAUAACUGAGGAAGAGGAGAGGUCUCCCUACGUGGGGAAAUACUUAAUGGGAGGUUGGGGCAGAUUUUAGCUCUGGCCCUAUGGGGUGAGUAGUGAAAGGGUGGAAGAAUGGCGACCGGGAGCAGGGGAGGUGCAUGUGGAUCUGUUCCUACCCUCUCUCCCCCCCCCCAUUGUCUUUCUUAUUAAAACAAACAUUUGAAACACUCUUCCCCACCCCCACCAACACACAUGCACGCAUGGUGAAAAUCAAUGGAUAUUCCCCCUUAAAAAAAUAAGAUGAAAAGAAGAGUAUAAAACCCAAACCAACAUCCACACUUGCUAAUUAGAAAUGGAAAGGGGUAUGCAUCCUGUCUUAGAACAAAUGUUCUUCAUGAACCAGGCAGGUCUUGCCUCUUUCCAGUUAAUUUUUUUAAAAGAGAAAAAAAAGACCCUUUUUCUUAGUUCCAAUAACCUUUUAUCUAUCUAUCUAAUCUAUAUAUACAUAUACAUAUAUAUUAAAAGAAAGCCUGAUGUAGCAACUCUAGUUUAAUAGCAGUAUUUUAACUCCCAUCUUUUAAAAAAAUAUAUAUAAAUAUAAAUAAAUAUAUAUAUAUAUAUAUUUCCGCCCACUUGCCCUCCCUGUUAUUUUUUAAUGUAGCCAGAAAAAGAGAGAGAGAGAGAGAGCGCGCGAAGAGAACCCCAAAUUGCAGAACUUCAGUUGCAAACCCAACGGCUACCUCUGGUCUGAGAGGGGGGCUGCAUACUGUUGUUGCGGGGGGGGGGGGAAGGACCCUGUAUGGGGCCUCACACAUUGAAAUUCCCAGGACCCCUUACAGGAAUUGGGUGGGAAUAAAUUUGUGUGAUUCCUUUUUCUUUUUUUUAAUAUAUGUAUAUAUAUAAAUCAAAAAAGAAAAAUGCCCAUGACCUUAAUUUUUUCCUCUGACAUGUAUCUUCCUUGAUAGGUAUGUAGGGAUGGCUUGUUGGUCUGAUUCACCAGCAAUAGACAAAAACUUACAAUAGCUUUAAAAAAAAUAAAUUUUUUUUAAAGUCAACUCUUCCAGUAUGAUCAGAUGAGCUCUUGGAUCAUUUGGGAGCUUUUAAAUUCCAAUCUGUGCCAAUCCCCAAAUCUGCACUGAUAUUGUCAAGAAAACACCACCCUUCCCCCCCCCAAAGUAAAGAUGUCCACAGGGGCCAGAACUAAGUGCUGAAGGGUGUGCUCUCUACACAGAAGGUCCCCAAUUCAAUCCCUGGAAUCUUUGCCUGAGCCCCUGGAGUGUUGCUGCCAAUCAGUACAGUACUAGGCUAGAUGGACCAAUGGUCAGUAGAAGGCAUCCCAGUAUAAGAUGGGGCUGUACUGAGGAAGAAUUAAGCUCCACCACUCAUAAUCACCACUACCUUGUAAGCAUUGGGGGGCGGGGGCACCUGUGUCUUGAAAAUUCACACCAGCCACAGGUUAGGCUGCUCAUUUGAUGGGGAUCUCUGCCUUCCCACUUUUUGUCUUGCCAAAUGCAUAAAUGCAACAGAGUCAGCUCUGUUUUCACCUACCUUUCUUUUUUAGCCUAGAGAACAAAAACUGGGCAUUUGGGAAUUAAGACAUUUGCACCUGCAGUGUACCAGAACUGGAGUUAGGCCUGGAUAGCAACACCCCAGUUUCUACGAUUCUGGGGCGGGGGGGCGGGCUG